UUUUUAGUCAAUUUCUUUGUCCCAUUUUCCAUUUUUAGCUGUAACAAUGGUUGGUUGUUGAUUUUUUCUGCUUUUUUUUGUCAACUCCCAAAUCCCUUAGUAUUUUCUUGAAAUUUGAAGAAAAAAAAUUCAAUCUUUUUGCAUUUUGGUUUAGUAAAAAUCUAAUCUUGCUGAAUACCCAUCUGUGUUCUUGGUUUAAUUCUUGAUUUUUACACCCUUUUUGGCUUAAUCAAGUUUAGUUUAAGUUCUAUCAGCUAUAUUUUGCUAGAUCUGCUUUAAUGGGUAUUUGUGUUAGUAAAGGUAAACCCAAUAAUGCUAAUAAUGGGCACCAUGGAUCAGGAUCAGGAGGAGUUCCUACUCAUAGAAAUGAAAUUCAGUAUACAAAAUCUCCAGGGCCUGAAGCUCAAUUGCAUGUGAGACCUCCACCAAGCCCAAAACCAGCUGUAAGGUAUGAUACAAUUCUUGGUAAGCCAUAUGAAGAUGUUAAGUUGCACUAUACUCUUGGUAAAGAAUUGGGUAGGGGUCAAUUUGGUGUUACAUAUCUUUGUACUGAAAUUGUAACUGGUCAACAAUAUGCUUGUAAAUCGAUAUCGAAAAAGAAGCUUGUUACUAAGGCUGAUAAGGAUGAUAUGAGGAGGGAGAUUAAGAUUAUGCAGCAUUUGAGUGGACAACCUAAUAUUGUUGAAUUUAAAGGUGCUUAUGAGGAUAAAGGUUCAGUGUAUCUUGUGAUGGAGUUGUGUGGAGGGGGAGAGCUAUUCGAUCGAAUUAUAGCAAAGGGGCAUUACAGUGAAAGAGCUGCUGCAACAAUGUGUAGGGCUAUUGUCAAUGUUGUGCACGUUUGCAAUUUUAUGGGCGUGUUGCAUCGUGAUCUCAAGCCUGAAAACUUUUUGUUGUCUGAUAAGAGUGAAAAUGCUGCACUAAAGAUUACUGAUUUUGGGCUGUCAGUAUUCAUUCAAGAAGGUAAGUCGUACAAGGAUAUAGUUGGGAGUGCUUACUAUGUUGCCCCUGAGGUUUUAAGGAGGUGUUAUGGCAAGGAGAUAGAUAUUUGGAGUGCAGGUGUUAUGCUUUAUAUACUACUCAGUGGUGUGCCUCCGUUUUGGGCAGAAACCGAAAAGGGUAUAUUUGAUGCCAUACUUAAAGGGACCAUUGACUUUGAAAGCAAGCCUUGGCCGUCUGUAUCAAGUAGUGCCAAGGACCUAGUACAGAAGAUGCUGACUAAAGAUCCAAAGAAACGGAUUACAGCUGCACAAGUUCUCGAGCAUCCUUGGCUGAAAGAAGGUGGUGUUGCAUCAGACAAACCAUUAGAGGGUGCUGUCCUGUCAAGAAUGAAGCAAUUCAGAGCUAUGAACAAACUCAAGAAACUUGCUUUGAAGGUCAUUGCCGAGAAUCUCUCUGCAGAAGAAAUUCACGGGCUCAAAGCAAUGUUCCACAAUAUUGACACUGAUAAUAGUGGCACUAUCACUUAUGAAGAACUGAAGAGUGGAUUGGCUAAACUUGGGUCAAAGCUCACUGAGGCUGAAGUCAAGCAAUUGAUGGAAGCUGCUGAUGUAGAUGGAAAUGGCUCAAUCGACUACACUGAAUUCAUCACCGCCACCAUGCAUAAGCACAGGCUAGAAAGAGACGAAAAUCUAUAUACUGCAUUUCAGUAUUUCGAUAAAGAUGGCAGUGGGUUCAUUACAAGAGAUGAACUCGAGGCAGCUAUGCAAGAACAUGGAAUAGGCGAUCCAUCCUGUAUAAGGGAAAUCAUAUCUGAAGUGGACACAGACAAUGAUGGAAGAAUCAAUUAUGAGGAAUUCUGUACAAUGAUGAGAAGUGGAGCCAAAUAACCAGGCAAGGUCUUCUAGUUGCACGAGUCUCCUCGCGGGAAAGUUGUAGAAGAGCUAUUCUUGAAAAUGUGCACGAUGAGCUCUGUUGUUGCCUACCAUUAGAGAUGUUUUACAGUUUUCCAGUAAAAAACAUGUACAUUUGUGAUCUUCUCAGUUCAAAACAGUCUUUUCUGAGUGUUUCUGUUUGUCUUCUGUGCGAUUUUUCCUCCCAUGUGUAAACUGCAUCAGUUUGGGACUAGAAAAGGCUUUGAAUUAGGCCAAUCCUAGCAAAUGAAAUAUUUCAAUCGUCGAAGAUUUCACCA